AUCACGGCAGCAGGUUCGUGCUAAGUUUGGAGUUACUCGCGUCACCACAACUGUAUGCCUGCUUGAAGGUGGUUUAAACACAGGGGCUCAGCGGCACAAGGAGUCUGCAUGUCUGUUUAGACAUGCUCAGCUUUGUGGAUACUCGGAUUCUGUUGCUGCUUGCAGUAACUUCAUACCUAGCAUCAUGCCAAUCAUCGGGACCCAGAGGAGACAAAGGACCUCGAGGUGACAGGGGUCUUCCUGGCCCAAAUGGAAAAGAUGGCAAACCUGGACUCCCCGGCCCUGCUGGCCCACCUGGUCCCCCUGGACUCGGAGGAAACUUUGCUGCUCAGUACGAUGGCUCUAAAGCUUCUGAUCCUGGCCCUGGACCCAUGGGUAUAAUGGGACCCAGAGGUCCCCCCGGACCUCCUGGACCCCCUGGACCUCAAGGACACACGGGACACGCUGGUGAGCCUGGAGAGCCCGGUCAGGCUGGUUCAGUUGGAGCUCGUGGCCCCCCUGGACCUCCUGGCAAAUCUGGAGAGGACGGUAACAACGGCAGACCUGGCAAACCCGGUGACAGAGGUGCUGCCGGCCCUCAGGGUGCUCGUGGAUUCCCCGGAACCCCAGGACUUCCAGGAAUGAAAGGACACAGAGGUUACACUGGUCUGGAUGGACGUAAAGGAGAGCCCGGUGGUGCUGGAGCUAAAGGCGAGCCUGGUGCUGCUGGAGCUGCUGGAAGUCCUGGACUGGCUGGACAACGUGGUCAGCCUGGUGAGCGAGGUCGUCCUGGCCCUGCUGGUUCUGCUGGUGCUCGUGGAGCUGAUGGCAACGUUGGACCUGCUGGCCCUGCUGGUCCUCUGGGUGCUGCCGGCCCCCCUGGCUUCCCUGGUGGUCCUGGACCCAAGGGAGAGAUUGGACCUUCUGGACCUAGUGGCCCAUCUGGACCUCAGGGAGCAAGAGGAGAGCCUGGACCCAACGGUGUUGUUGGCCCAGUUGGUCCCUCUGGUAACCCUGGUACUAAUGGCCUGAACGGAGCCAAGGGAGCUGCUGGACUUCCUGGUUCUGCUGGAGCUCCUGGCUUUCCUGGACCAAGAGGAGGACCCGGACCUCAGGGACCUCAGGGUGCCUCUGGACCAAGAGGCCUUUCUGGUGAUCCUGGCAUUCAGGGUGUUAAGGGAGACACUGGUCCCAAAGGCGAGCCUGGCAACGCAGGACCUCAGGGAGCCCCUGGAAAUCAGGGUGAGGAGGGCAAGAGAGGACCCACUGGUGAGAUCGGUGCUAAUGGGCCAGCUGGCGGCCGUGGUGCCAGAGGUACUCCUGGAAGCCGUGGUCUGCCUGGUUCUGAUGGCCGUACUGGUCCCAUUGGUAUGCCUGGCGCUCGUGGUUCCACUGGUUCCGCUGGACCUCGUGGACCCCCUGGAGAUGCUGGUCGUGCUGGUGAGCCCGGCCCAGCUGGUCUCAGAGGUCUCCCAGGCAGCCCUGGAAGCUCCGGACCCCCAGGAAAAGAGGGACCUACUGGUCCUGCUGGACAAGAUGGCCGCUCUGGACCACCUGGCCCAACUGGCCCAAGAGGCCAGCCUGGAAACAUUGGUUUCCCUGGACCCAAGGGACCCUCUGGAGAGCCUGGUAAGCCUGGAGAGAAGGGAUCUACUGGUCCCACUGGACUGAGAGGACUCCCUGGACCUGAUGGCAACAAUGGAGCCUCUGGCCCCAUGGGACCUGCUGGCGGUUCUGGUGAGAAGGGAGAACAGGGACUUGCUGGAGCUCCUGGCUUCCAGGGUCUGCCUGGACCUGCUGGACCUGCUGGUGAGGGUGGCAAACCUGGAGAGAGAGGUGUCCCAGGAGAGCAGGGAGCUUCUGGACCCGCUGGUGGCAAGGGAGAGCGUGGAAACGCUGGUGUUCCUGGAGCUACUGGACCUCAGGGACAAAUGGGACCCCGUGGACCUGCUGGAACCGCUGGACCUGAUGGUGGCAAGGGAGAGCCUGGUGCUGCUGGAGCUGCUGGUGCUGCUGGACAUCAAGGAGCUGCUGGCAUGCCCGGUGAGCGUGGAGCUGCUGGUACCCCAGGAUCCAAGGGAGAGAAGGGAGAGGUAGGACACCGAGGCCCUGAUGGAAACUCUGGAAGAGAUGGAGCUCGUGGUCUCCAAGGACCUCCUGGUCCUCCUGGACCCAUUGGAGCCAAUGGAGAUAAGGGAGAGAGUGGAUCCUUCGGACCUGCUGGCCCUGCUGGACCUCGUGGACCCUCUGGAGAGCGUGGAGAGGUUGGACCUGCUGGAGCCCCUGGAUUUGCUGGUCCCCCUGGUAGUGAUGGUCAGCCUGGAGCAAGAGGAGAGCGUGGACCUGCUGGAGGAAAGGGAGAAGUUGGCCCCUCUGGUCCUUCCGGUCCUGCUGGACAGUCUGGACCCGCUGGUCCCUCUGGCCCUGCUGGACCUCCUGGUGCCCGUGGAGAGACUGGACCUGCUGGUGCGACUGGUUUGCCUGGUGCUGCUGGCAGAGUUGGUGCUCCUGGCCCUGCUGGUAUUGUUGGACCUUCUGGCCUCACCGGUCCUGCUGGCAAAGACGGACCUCGUGGUCUCCGUGGCGAUUCUGGUCCUUCUGGUCCUUCUGGAGAGCAGGGAAUGGUUGGACCACCUGGUCCAUCUGGAGAGAAGGGUCCUUCUGGAGAGCCUGGUCCCGCUGGACCUCCUGGUGCUCCUGGAACCACUGGUCCUCUUGGACUUCAGGGAUUCGUUGGUCUGCCUGGUGCUAGAGGAGAUCGUGGUACUCCUGGUGGUGCUGGUGGUUUGGGAGAGCCUGGUAGAGUUGGACCUCCUGGACCUUCUGGAGCACGUGGACCCGCUGGCAACAUUGGCAUGCCCGGCAUGACCGGACCUCAAGGAGAGGCUGGACGUGAGGGUAGCCCUGGUAAUGAUGGACCCCCUGGUCGUCCUGGUGCCGCUGGAUUCAAGGGAGAUCGUGGAGAGCCUGGAUCUCCUGGUUCUCUGGGACUUGCAGGUGCCCCUGGACCUGCUGGACCCACUGGAGCUGCUGGCCGACCUGGAAACCGUGGAGAGGCUGGCCCAGGAGGACCCUCCGGACCCGCUGGCGCUGCUGGAGCUAGAGGUGCCCCUGGAUCUGCUGGACCCCGUGGUGAGAAGGGAGUUGCUGGAGAAAGGGGAGAUAGAGGCAUGAAGGGUCUGCGUGGACAUCCUGGUCUCCAGGGAAUGCCUGGACCUUCUGGACCUGCUGGUGACACCGGAGUUGCUGGAGCCGUUGGACUUGCUGGACCCAGAGGACCUGCUGGACCUAAUGGACCCCCUGGUAAGGAUGGUAGAGCUGGUGGACAUGGUUCUAUUGGUUCUCCUGGUGCUCGUGGACCUCCUGGAUACUCUGGACCAGUGGGACCUGCUGGACCUCCUGGUCUGCCUGGACCUCCCGGCCCUGCUGGCGGUGGAUACGAUGUCUCCGGAGGAUACGAUGAGUACAGAGCUGAUCAGCCCGCCCUGAGAGCCAAGGACUACGAAGUUGAUGCCACCAUCAAGUCACUCAAUACCCAGAUCGAGAACCUGCUUACUCCUGAGGGAUCCAGGAAGAACCCCGCACGUACCUGCCGCGACAUCAAGCUCAGCCAUCCUGACUGGAGCAGCGGAUUCUACUGGAUUGACCCCAACCAGGGAUGUCUCAAUGAUGCCAUCAAGGUCUUCUGUGACUUUACCACCCGCGAGACCUGCAUCUACGCCCACCCUGCAAGCAUUGCACAGAAGAACUGGUACAGAAGCACAGAGGCCAAGAAGCACGUCUGGUUCGGAGAGACCAUCAACGGUGGUACCGAGUUCACCUACAACGAUGAAACCCUCAGCCCACAGAGCAUGGCCACCCAGCUGGCUUUCAUGCGCCUGCUUUCCAACCAGGCCAGCCAGAACAUCACCUACCACUGCAAGAACAGCGUUGCCUACAUGGAUGGUGAGAGCGGCAACCUGAAGAAGGCUGUGGUGCUCCAAGGAUCCAACGAUGUGGAGCUCAGGGCCGAGGGCAACAGCCGCUUCACCUUCUCCGUGUUGGAGGAUGGCUGCACUACACACACUGGUGAAUGGAGCAAGACAGUGAUUGAGUACAGAACGAAUAAACCAUCUCGCCUGCCCAUCCUCGACAUUGCACCUUUGGACAUUGGUGGAGCUGAGCAGGAGUUUGGUUUGGACAUUGGCCCAGUCUGUUUCAAAUAAAUAGACUCAUGAUAAAUUAACACCAAAAAGAGAGAAAGAACAAGAAAAAAACCAAAAUCUCUGCCCUUCCUUUCGUGUUGUUUUUUUUUUGUACCAAAUGCUGGUUUCUCCCUGCGCAUCCACUUGCUUAAGAUGGGCAACUAUCGGAGAGGACUAAAUGGACUGAACAGAGAUUUUGCGCAAUGCAAAUUAAUACAGCCACCCAAAGGGACGCGGGAAAACAUCUUGUUGUGGGACAUCAUGACAUCGUUUUUGUAAAAAAUAAAAGAAGUGUAAUAAAAACGCUGAAAGUA